CAAUAAGUACUCAAAGAUAACGCAUUAGAAUUCCUUCCUUUAAAUGAGAAAACAACAAUGUAUAGCCAAUACUUUAAGGUUAAAGUAUUACUGUUUUGGAUGUUAGUAUUUUGCUUUGACUGCACGUGUAAUCAUGCUUAUGCACGUGAGGAGAGUGAGGAUGAUACGUAUACCGUCACGAUUCGAAUGCCACGGGCAGUUUCUACAAAGCCUGACGACCUCCUUUGCCAUGCUGUCCAAUUAAAGACACAGGAAGCAUAUAUACUACGGUUUGAGCCCCAUGCCACUAAAAGUGUAGCACAUCACAUGAUGGUUUAUGGGUGCAGCAUGCCAGGCUCAGACAAACCUUACUGGUCGUGUGGUGAAAUGGACGACCAUUCAAACAGAUCUGUUUGUGGUGACGGAGAAAGACAAAUUGUUUGGGCGUGGGCAAUGGAUGCUACGGGAAGAUCUUUUCCAAAAGAUGUUGGUUUCCGCGUCGGAGGAAGAAGCAACAUCAACUAUAUUGUCAUUCAACUCCAUUAUGCGGAGCAGUUUCAAGCUGGACAGACGGACGAUUCUGGCGUAACUCUACAUAUCACAGAUAAAGCGCAGAAAUAUCAAGCCGGCUAUUACGUAAUGUAUACGUAUGGUUUUAUUCCACCAAUGACCGAUGAGUUCCACCUGGAGUGUGCUUGCGAGUUCCAGAAUAAUUACACCAUCAUUCCCCUGGCUUACAGGACACACUCUCACAAUCUAGGUGUAGUGACGUCUGGGUAUCGAGUCCGCGAUGGGGAAUGGACAGAAAUUGGCCGAAUGUCACCACAGCUGCCACAGACAUUCUAUGAUGCUACUUCAGAUGGAGUUGUGGUCAAAAAGGGAGACAUUUUGGCUUCAAGAUGCACAAUGAGCAGCCAAAGGAACUUUUACACAAAUAUUGGACCAAAGCACCAAGAUGAGAUGUGCAACUUCUACAUCAUGUAUUACACGGAUUACAAAGGCACCCUACAAAUAGAAUACUGUAUGAGAGAUGCGCAAUCGUUUCACUGGACAGAAUAUCUUACAUCACCACCUGGAACGGCAAGUUCUACUGUUGGAAUACCCUCGUUCACACGUGAAGACCCUUUUGCAAUCCAGGAUAAUUCCAGUACAAACAACAGAGACACUCUAAUGUGAUAAAUACUGUAUUUUUUUUUUUCCAAAAAUAAAGCUCUUGACUA